UUUCCUUUCACACACUCUCUUCUUUCUUCCGUUACCCAGUUUUUGGUUUGGCAUGGAGGAAAUCGAAGUGCCUCAAUACUUCAUCUGCCCCAUAUCCCUCCAAAUCAUGAACGACCCCGUUACGGCCAUAACGGGCAUAACUUACGACCGAGAAAGCAUUGAACAAUGGCUAUUCAAUAACAAGAAUACCACCUGCCCCGUUUCCAAACAACUCCUCCCAAGAGAUUCUGAUCUAACCCCUAACCACACCCUUCGACGCUUGAUCCAAGCCUGGUGCACCCAAAACGCUUCACUUGGCAUCGUUCGCAUUCCCACUCCUAAGCCUCCUCUCAACACCCUUCAAGUCCUUAAACUCCUCAAACAUCUCCAUCAUCACAAAACCUUCGUUCAGUUGGAACUCCUUGCCGUCGAGAACCACAGAAACAACAAGUGCUUGCUAGAAGCAGAGGUCCCUAGGGCCAUGAUCCUCUUCAUCAUCAAUUGCUAUAGAAAAAAUCAAAUCCAAAAGGGUCUCCAAGAAGCUCUUAGCAUAUUGCAGUUUGUCAAGAUCCCCAAGAAGGAAUGGCCGCUGCUCGUUAAGGACCACGACCAGAUAAUGGAUUCUCUAGCAUGGAUUCUGUGUCGUGAGGGAAUGGAGAACUCCGUUGCAGUGAAAUCCCAUGCGCUUCUACUUCUGAAGAAGAUCAUCAACAAGGGCGACACGUGUCACGUUCUGGAGAGGCUGAAACCCGAAUUCUUCGAAACAAUGGUGAAGAUUCUGAGACACGGAGUGACCCAACAAGGAACGAGUGCGGCACUUCACGUUCUGCUGAGCGCUUCUUCUUCGACGCGGAACAGGAUCGUGAUGGUGGAAGCAGGUGUGGUACACGAAGUGGUGGAGAUCGAAAUGGGGGCGCCGGAGAAGAGAGUGACGGAACUGACGCUGGCUAUAUUGUUCCACUUGUGUUGUUGCGCCAACGGGAGAGCCAAGUUUUUGAGCCACGAAGGGGCCAUCGCGGUGGUGACGGAGAGGAUUCUGAAGGUGUCUGCGGCGGUGGACGAUAGGGCGGUGUUUGUUUUGGCAAUGGUGGCUAAGUUUUCGGGGACGAAGGUGGUUUUGCAGGAGAUGUUGAAGGCGGGAAGCAUGGCGAAGCUUUGCAUGGUGCUUCAGGCUGAUAGGGCAAAGUAUUUGAAGGACAAAGCCAUGGAAAUUCUGAAGGAACACUCGGAGCUUUGGAGCGACUCGCCUUGCUUUCCUCGUUCGUCGUUUUGUGCCUACGUUCCCUACUGAAACCAAACACCAUUUCUGACAUCUUCGAAACUCUCGGAGGUUCCUGUCACUAUAUAAACCAUGCUUUUGUUCUUCUGUAUACCUCGAAGAAGCACGUAACCUUCAAAGUAAAUUUGAGUGUUUAAUAUGUAUGUUAGGAGGAACUUUUCUCGAAGAAUUUUUUGGAAUAGAAAAAUAACAAUAAAAUAAAUCAAAUUAAUGUUUAAUAGGAUAAAAUUAGUUUAUAAAU